AAAUAUAUUCUUAUCAUCGAAGAAAUUGCUCAAUUUUGCCUCAGGGUACGCGCGGUCCUCCUUAACGAUCAUAACUGACAUUGCAUCAUAGUUUCAUUUAGUAAAUAUACUCCUGUUUGCGACUCCACAUGUAAUUGAAAUUUCACAAUUUCGACUCUUUGAGAGAAAACAGAGCAAACGAAGAAAAAUGAAGCGGCCUUCUUCUCUGCCCAUAUUGAAGCAAUUCAAAGGAACUCAUUACGUAGAUGUCAAUUCUAAGAAAGGAAAGUCAGUACUUGAAGAUGAAUACGAAAACGAUGAGAUCAUCGACUUCGAGAGAAUCAGCACACCUGUGAUUUGCAAGGCAGUACAAAAAUGGGAAUCCACCACACGAGCAGGGGAAGAGUUUUCUUCCGAAAGACAGGGGCUAUGGAGGCGUGAGCAGAUUAACAGAGCAACAAGGCUAGAGAAACAACUCAAAGCAAGAUGGGCUGUCGAUGGACUCAUUGAAGAAGAACUCAAUCGUUUUCGAGCCCAAUACAAGAGGUCUAUAGUCCCAACAAAGCUCAAAGAUGUAGCCCAAUUGAUCAUGCCUAAAUGGACUCCAUCACCAGAACUAGCCACAUUUACUUGGUUAGGCGAUUGGCGGCCCUCAACAAUCUUGGACCUUCUUCAAUACUUAUCCCACUCAUCUGGUCUUUCAAAAUCUUCACCAGAUUCAGUUGCCAUUGAAGUGGCAUUGCCCCAAUUGAUCAACGAGUUGCGAAUCGAGGAGGCAGUGAUUGAUGAGGAAAUGGCUGAGAUUCAGUCCAAUUGUAUCUUUCACCUCCCAUUUGGACCAAAAAAAGAGGCCCAAAAGGGUGAGCCUGCAAUGGCUUGUAUUCAAUCUGAGUUUAAGAAGAUCCAUAGGGUCAUUACCAAGGCACAAAAUUUGAGGCUAAAGGCAAUGGAAACGGCAGUGAAGAAGGUGUUAAACAGAACAGAUGCCGCAGAGUUCUUGGUUGCUUUUGCUGGAAUUCAAGACUUGGUUCAUCAAUGGGCUACGCAACACAAAUUGCAGCAAGGCCCAGUUUCUAUACGUACUAAAGCCCUGAAGUCUGCUAGCCCAUUGAAGUAGUAGGCCCAUUUGAGUAUUAAGAAGAAUUUAUAUGAUAUUCAAUUGCAAUUAGGUAGUCUAUAGGGCUAUUUCCGCGUAUACUUCUAAUAUUUCAAAUCCUGACACUUCAAUUUUUUGUAUUGUGAAAAUGAUAUACAAGUAUUACUACCGUUAAUUCUUA